GCAAUUAGUAGGUCUCACAUCAGUGGAAGGGAUCAGUGCCUUCAAGAAGAACCUCCCCUGGGACUCCCAUGUACUCUUAGGUUUCAGAUGACCUCUGCAGCCGGCAGCCCACCAGAGACAUCCCACCUCUGGAUUGUUAUCACUGACAUUUACACUCCAGUUUCCAACCUGUUUACAACAAGGCAUUGCUAGCCAGUCUUCAAAGCCAACUGUUCUUCCCCAGGCAGACACUUAGCCCACAGAGGAGUUUUUUUAUUACAGCCGGGAAGAGGACAGGAGGAGGGGGAUAGAGACACAGAUUGAGACUCUUUUUUUGUUGGUGCGAGUUGAACAUGUCAUCAUCUCUGUUUUUUUAAGGCUCUGCAGACUUUUAACAUGCUGGGACACAGAUUGCAAUUGCAUUGCUGAGGACAGAGGGACUUGAAGAACAACCACAGGAGAUCUUCAGGGUGAAGUGCAGCAUCUUUUUGUUUUUGAGGAUAUCCCAGAAGAACACUACCCAGAUAUGAGAGGACCUUAGGAGGUGGUUUGUGGACCGAGUGAUGGAUGUUGGUGCAUCAUUCAUUGCCACAGAGAGCAACUCUUUGAGGAUCAUUUGCCACCAGCUCUCAGCUUGCCUUUUAUCUGCUUUUAUCCUUCCAGUAUGUUUCUUUCCAUGAGGCAUUUUCUGAAGCCCAUAGCCUUAAUACAAUGUGGAAAUGGAUACUGACACAUGGUGCCUCAGGCUUUUCCCACCUGUACCGUUGCUUGCUGCUCUUCUUCUUGGUGUAUUACUUGUCCGUCACCUGCGAUGAGAUCGGGAGCAGGGACACGUUACUUUCCCCCGAGGUCUUCUCCAACUCUUCUGGGAGACACGUGCGAAGCUACGAUCACCUUAAAGGAGAUGUGCGCUGCAGGAAGCUCUUCUCUUACACUAAAUACUUUCUCAAGAUCGAUAGAAACGGCAAGGUCAGCGGGACCAAGAAGGAGGACUGCCCCUACAGUAUACUGGAGAUAGCAUCGGUGGAUGUGGGUGUUGUGGCAGUGAGAGCCAUUAACAGCAAUUAUUACUUAGCCAUGGACAGAAGAGGAAAAAUCUACGGUUCAAGAGAAUUUAAUAACAAUUGCAAGCUAAAAGAGAGAAUAGAAGAAAAUGGCUACAACACCUAUGCAUCCCUAACUUGGAGGAACAAUGAGAGACAAAUGUUUGUGGCCCUAAACGGCAAAGGAGCCCCAAAGAGAGGUCCAAAAACAAGGAGAAAAAACACUUCAGCCCACUUUCUUCCGAUACUAGUAUAUGAAGGAAUUUCUUCAUGCUUUAUGUGAACUCGAAAUCUUCUAUGACAAACAUUUGGCGCAUUUUGCAACUCAGAUUUCCAGUUUUCUAAGAAACAGAGACGUGUCUACUAGACAGCGCAUUUGUUCUGGAUGUAAGAGGGGGCUGACUUAUUGUCCUGUGUCGUAAACAUGACUGUAGGCCAGAUCAGAACAGAAGCACCGCUCCCGUUCGUGUGAAACAUGUUUUUAUAUACUCAGUACAACGAAAGGAGCACUGAACAAUCUUACAAGGGAUUUUGGGAAGUUAUUUAUGGAAUACUAACUCAAGCCAAAGGCCUUCAUCAUUCAAAUCCAAUGACCCAAUGAGCGUGUAGACGUGCGUGCAUUGACUGGAAGUACUUGGGUCGUAAUACAGCAAUAAAAGGACUUUCUUAAAAAGAGAUUUUGUGAAGAAUGUAUAGGAUUAAGAAAGAUACAUGUUCAAACUGUUCUAACAAAAUGAAUAUUAUGGUGUAACUGUGUACUCUUCCUUAAUUUCUUUCUGUUUCUUUGUAAGUUAUUUAUUUAAUAGAAUGUUUAAUAUGUGUCUUCAGUGUUUUAGUUUGUUGGAAAUUCCGCGCUUUAAUCUCCGUACCGUAGAGCCUUAGUUGUUCCUGUUUAACAUCGUGUACUGCAUACAUUUUGUGUUGAAGUAAAAGAUACAUAUGCGUUUAAAAUUAGAAAACAUUAUUUACCUAUCAUCCAGUCACGCAGCGGUUAGUUAUGCAGUGAGAUGUGGGGGUCAAUCGCUCACUUGUGUUAUCUUUCAGAAAUGUUGCAUAGCUGAUGGCUAUAUGUUUUAGAUAAAUAUAUGUUUUUGAGUUUUUAAUGCAACAAACUUUUCCUAAUAAAGAUACCGUCACAUCUAU